AGAAUUUGAAGAAAAAAAUGAUGUAUCGAAAAUAUUGGCGGCCCUUUGUGCGCUGCGUGUUGAAUUUUGGAACAUGAACACUUCGCAGCCGUGUGCGUAUAGCACUUCUCCGGUAGUCCGUAACAUCCGUUACGAUAUCAUUACAUACAUAGACACAUAAGGUUAUAACAGCCUCCACUUCCAUACGUACCCGACAGUAGCCGUAGUGUUACUCGUUGUGACAGAUUGGAAGAGCUUAUCUAGAGACAAGCUAGGACACGCUAUCUACCUUCUUGACGACGCAGUCAUCACGUUAGCAAUCGCUAACUAUUAACCUUGGACAAUGUCACUUUGUGACUACAAAACAAUAUGAUCAGCCUUCAACAUCAUGCACGUGGUUAUAGCCAUGACGUGGAUCUCACAUCCCCGAGUGUAGGCAAUCAGUACUACGCACCCGAUCGGUAUCACUCAGAAGGUCAGGUUGCCCAAACCGAAGCGCAAUCUAAUGUUUACCACACUUUGACGGCGCAAUCAGACCAGUACCCUCACACAGAUCAAUACUACAACAAUGCUCAGCCGAAUAGUAGAUACAACAAUGAAUGGAAUACACAUGCCGAUGUGGAGGCCUAUGAAGGCCACACAUCUCGUGCACACGAAGACGUCAACUCCCAAUUCUUAGAUUCGACGGGUCCGUGUUUCCACCUAGCACCCGCUUUCGUCGAGUAUACUUUAGCGCUCUGGGAGCAAGAAUGCAGCCAGGCGUACAAGUUAGACCUGUUGAAUCUUGUCACCAAACUGAUGAAAUACUUCGAUGUGUGUGAAUCAGCCCUUAUAGUUACCAUGGUGUAUUUGAAACGCUUGAAAACACGCUUUGAUGAAUGCGGGUUCAAUGCUGAGAAAUGUAGCGUGCAGAUCAGUGUCGUGUGCAUGAUGGUGGCCACGAAAUUUUUGUACGACAUUCCAACAGUCAACAGUCUAUGGGCUGAGAUGUCAGACAUAACCACAGCAGAUAUCAAUCAGAUGGAACUUGAACUGCUACGUGCGACCAACUACAGCCUUUCGUCUAGUGAUGUAGAAGCAGACGAUGCUAGGCGGACAUUGAGUUCGUGGAUCAGAAUUACGGAACAAGAGCAGAUCAAGGCCGAUCAGACAUACGAGGUUAAUCCUAUCAAUAGAACACCUCCCUAUGUUUCUCCCAGUAUGGAGGCUGUCUAUGGUGCGCGUUGGUCGCCUCUACAAGAUGUAAACGUUUACAGACACGACAGUACGGAGUACCGACACGAUGCGUACGUGUAUGCCGAUUAUGCGGACUACCCACCCAUUGUUGAUGCACAUUAUACACAAAGUGACAGUCACUUGCAAGGUAAUGACAUAUAUCGCAGUGACAGCGGAGUGCUUGUGGGUGGUAAUGAACACAGGCAGAAGCAUUGCAGCACGGAUAGCGGAUUUGCCGGCAACGAUAACGUGUACCAGCAGUGGUCGUCAGGUGCUAAUAACCAUCAACCGGAGUUGCCUAGCGACGGUCAUAUGCCGGACAACCCUCGGUGGGAACGUCCCAAUAAUAGUGGUUUGGACAGGAGGACGUCGAGAGUGGACCCGCAUGGUUACACUUCCUUCGGGAAUGCAGAAAAUACGUAUGCCGCUGAUUACACGUACGCAAACACCGACUUUGCACCCACGGAUUCGAGACCAUUGGCAUAUUCGCGUGUGCAAGGACAUCAGAGAUCGGAUACUUAUACUGCGAAAAGGCCGGAUAUCUACAUUGAAAACCCCUAUGGUAGUGUGAAAAGGAGGAGCUCGCAGACGCAGUGGCAAGAUACAUCCAAACAGCAGGCAUUGGCACAUAGUGUGGAUUGGAGCUAUUCCGGCUCGGGAUUAGGACCCUCGUACUUUAAUUGACUAGUACGGCACCUGGGUUUGCUUUGGCUCGGAUUGAGUCGAGAGGAAGGUUGGGCUUGAGAAGAAAUAGUAUCUCGGUGUAUGGGCUAGCAAAGUAUUGUUAAAAUACACCCGGGCCACAUUAGGAGGCCGAGUUGACCACGUCUAUCUGAGAUUAAUCAAGGAGUCUUCUCAUCGCAUUCUUCGCAUUCCCAUAUAUAUUUAUUCACACAUACAAUAGACACGCACAAGAAGAUAACGCACCACACAGAACACCCCCCCCCCCCACGGUACAACCGAUUUAGAUAUGCACUUCUACUGUGAGCAGGCGAGAGUUCCCACAUCACGCGCUGUACCAAAGCUCUCAAAGUAAAAGUGCAAAGCGGCGGUGAGCCUAGUCUGUAUCGCACAGACGGGCCACGGCUUGGA